ACAGGAGAGCAGAGGAAACGAGCGGCGGCAGUCACUUCGCUGACUCUGCGCUCCCUCGGGGGAAGUUUUGUAUCGUUUUUAAUAAUUUUUGUAAGAAGAAACAUCAAUAUCGCGUUUUCUGGCAACUUUUAAUACUUUGAUACAAUCGUUUUAACGCUUUUCUUACAAAAAUAACCUGGCACGGAUUGACUGUAGCUUGCUAGCCGUGAAAUACUGGAUUUCCCCCCACUGCUUUCGACAAAAGCUGCUGUUGAGCCAGCGAAGAGACUGAACGAGAAAAUAUAUAUAUAUGUAUAUAUAUAUUCUUUUUUUAAAAGUAUAAUUAAGUUCAGCAACAAUUUAUGCACUGUCUUCCCUUUUUGCAAAAGCAUCCCGUCGUCGCUGCCCUUUGCAGAGCUGACGUUAAGCCCCGAAGGGAGCAAAUAAGCUAACGUUCACCGCGGUGGUUAGCCUCAGGAAAGAAUGACGGCCAUUCAGCUGAUUAAUAUCCAACGGUUACUCGAAGCAGCGGAAUAUAUUGAGAGGAGAGACAGAGAGUGCGAACAUGGAUACGCUUCCACAUUUCCUUCAGAUCAGGACACAAACUACCAGAGGCAAAGGAAAUUCCGCAAUAAGAAGUUCAGCAGUAACCACAACAGGUCCACACAUAAUGAACUAGAGAAGAAUAGACGAGCUCACCUGCGGCUGUGUCUGGAGCGGUUGAAGACCCUCAUACCUCUGGGACCUGACUGCAAUCGCCACACCACUCUGGGCCUGCUCAACAAAGCCAAAGCACACAUAAAGAAACUUGAAGAGGUGGACAGGAAGAGCCAGUACCAGCUGGAGUCUCUGGAGCGUGAGCAGAGGCACCUCCAGCGGCAGCUGGAGCUGCUGGGGGGAGGCAGCGGCGCCGCAGCCCAGAGCAGCCCGGGAGAGGGGGAGAGGAUACGCAUGGACAGUGUGGGCUCUGCCCUCUGUUCUGACCGAUCUGACUCUGACCAAGAGGAGAUCGAGGUGGACGUGGAAAGCACGGAGUUCUCCCAUGGAGAGCUGGACAGUGUGAGCACGGCCAGCACCAGCGACCUGGACGACCACAGCAGCCUGCAGAGCAUGGCCAGCGACGAGGGCUACUCCUCCUGCAGUGUCAAACUUGCCUUCUCCUCCUAGAGCCUCACAUCGUUCCUGACCAACCCGCCCGCCCGUCUGUUUAUCCACCCAGCCACGCCUACACACACACACACACACACACCCGCCCAACUCAGACGAUGACCGAGGCCACGGAGCCUCUGCCUCCCCCACCUCCACCUCCUCUGUCCUCAGCCUUUAAAUUACCACUCCUGACACCGGGGACCCAAACACAGUGAUGUGAGAUUGACAAUUUGAUGUUCUUCUCCUCUUUUUAAAGGGAGAUGGUUGAUAUGAAAAAAAAAAAAAUUUGACAUCAUUGUACAUUUUUAAUCCUGUAAUUUAAAACGAAUGACUGAUUUUACGCUCGCAAAUCAUCCAAUGUCUGUUUUUUUUUUUUUUUUUAUAUACUCACAAUCCCCAAUUUGAUCCAAAAAUGCACUUAAAUUCUUAUAAAUUUAAAAACAAAAAAAACUAUCUCCCCUGUGGGUUCAUGCGUGAGGAUGAUCCUGUGAAUCCCAUUCCGAUGUGGUGACGAUGGGCCUGGAUGAUCGGGAACGGUCUCCGAUGUGGACUUGAAUUGAACACUGUGGGUGAACUUUUGUCAUAUCAACACAGCUCGGUUCCCGACAACACGUCCUUCCAGCCUUGAGUUUAAUCCUCGUCUUAAUGUCUUUUUUUUUUUCAACACCGCGGGCGCUCGGACACUUGAAUUGGUGCUAUUGUGAAACAAACCAGUGUGGAAGCCGAUGAGAAACACCACUACUAAGCUUCUAAAGCAAACAAACAAAGUGUGUCUGUUGUGAUUGUUUCCAAUCAAGCGUGGAGGAAAACAACCACAAAAGAAUUGGGACGGGGGGGGGGGAACAUUCCUGUCGAAUGUGGGUGCUCAUUGCAUUUUGAAUGAGUGGAAAUUGUGUGUGUGUGUGUGUGUGUGCGCGCGUGCGUGCGUGUCUUUUGUUUUGGUUUCUUUACCCUCGACAAGCAGCUACAACAAGCAAUCCUGCACUUGCCUACUUUAGAGCUGUCCAUAGAAACGGCACAAACCAAGUCCUUCAAAAAAAAAAACACACACAAAAAAACAGCAACAAGGAGAAAAAAGUCCAAACUACAACAGCAGACCAUGGAACAGAUGCCCAUCCUCUUUCCAGCAGUAAUAAGCAAUAACUCCGGUAGUUGUUUUAGUUGCAUUUUAUUUGAUUUUCUCCCGACACACUCACA